GCCAUUGGGCUACCGCUGCCGCUGUGCUCGGUAACGACUUGCUUUUGAGUGCUCAAGGGGCGCUGGUGCAUCGCGAGAACCGCUGGGCAUCGCUAAGCAUCGCUGCGUGCAAAACCAGCUUGGGAGAGCGCUGUAACUCGCCGUCGUCGCACGGUCCGCGCGCCGCGCCAUACCUCGAAGAGGCAGCGCCGGCAGAGCUACGGGCAGCCAUGGAAGCGCCCCAGCGCGUCUACGACGCCUUGGACGCGCGGAACUACAAGGCCGCCCUCAAGCUCUGCGACAAGAACGCCAAAAAGAACCCUGUAUUGGCUGCUUUACGAUGCCUCACAUUACAAAGGAUGCGGCGCCUGUCGGAGGCCGCGGAGGCGUGCAACGAGCUUGUGACGAAGGGCUACACGGACGAGAACGUCCUGGCACCCCUGACGAUGUGCCUCAACGCUCUGAACCGAGACGGCGAAGCCACAACGUUGUGGGCGCACGCGUAUCAGCAGAAGCCCGCCGAUGCGUCGCUAGGUCGUCGAGUGUGUGCGGCGCAUGCGAGACAACAAGACUGGCCGCACGUCCGGUCCGUAGCUGCUGCCUUGUAUAAGAGCACCAAAGACGUUUCGUAUUUGCGACGCUUCGCGGCCGCCGCAUUGGUCGAGGCGACGGCGACGCCAGCACCACCGACGAAGCUCUUAACGCUCAAGCUAGGAGACAAGAUGUUGGAGCGAUGUAUCGACGAGUCCGGCGGUUAUGGCAGGUGUAGCGCGGAAGAUGUGGAGCUCUUGGCAUCGUUGCGCGAAGCGCGAGGAGAUUAUCCAGGAGCGGCCCACUGCAUCCGGCAGGCGCGCGACGGCCUCGCGUCGCAAACGGAAGGCGAUUUCAUACGAAGGCCGACCGAGCGGAACUUGAUGCGAGACGAGGCCGCGUACUUGCUGAGAGGGCGGGCUGUGGAUGAAGCUAGACAGUUGUACGAAGCCCUGUUGGACGAUCAGGACGACUGGGCCUCGUACGAGGGGUAUGUAAAGUGCAGCAAGACUCUUGAAAAGGAAGAUGACGCGCUACGGAAGCUCGACGCCCUCGCAACACAAAGGCCGAAGCACCGCGGGCCUAGAUUAGCGUCGUUGUUGCUCGUGGACGGCGAUGCUUUACAAGAUAGAAUCCUGAGAUAUAUUGAAACGCACGCUUCCUCUCCCUCAUUGUUCGACGACCUCGAGACGUCGCUGCGACGCGUCCAAUCACUCCCAUUGACCGUGGAGGGCCCGCCUCGGAAACAAGCGUCAUUACUAUGCAUGCGCCGGUUUUUGAGUGACGACGUACCUGUUGAGCAAUGUCUGUCAAUCAUCAAGGGUGACGAUACGUCAGCGUCAUCAGACGCGGCCUGCGUCCUGGCCUGCACCUUACAAGACGCAGGAAAUAAGGUAGAUGCGUGUCGAGUACUGUACAGCGCCCAUGCGCGCGACGAGGGAAACGCUCGAGUGACGCUCGCCUUCGUCGACGCCUUACAAUCUAUUGGGGCAGGCGAAGCAGCUCUACGAACGUACGCCUCGCUCGGCGUGAAGCAGAUCCAGCUCGAUAGCUUGGGGCACUUGAUUACGCCGUGGGCCGCGUCUAGUGGCUUUUGGGCCGAAGUGUCUUUGCACUGUCGCAACGUGCUCCAUGUGCACGACGGGUGUAGGCGAGAUUCGCGCGAAUUUGCUCAUAGAGCACUGGACUGCUGCAACGGGGCCCGAGCGGCGGAAAUCUGGCAGUUUCAACGCGAUAAAUUAGACCGCUCGACGACGAAGCUCUGGGCUAGAUGCGAGCUCAUAGGCCUCGACCUCGUAUUGCAGUGCCACUCCGCUACCAAGGUUGUGGAGCUAUUACCUCAGUGGGAAACGGGCCCGCGCCUCGACGACGUCUCUGACGAUGAGACGUUCGAGCGGGUCUUCGGGUCCCUGAAUAUUGAUGUACGAGCGAGGCCGGCCUGGACCCAUUCUACGAGUGAUGGGGAGCGCUCGUCGCGUCAAAAGUUUGUCUUUCGGAACUCUAGUGCUUAUCAUUUAGCUACCAGGGAAUUACUUGCGGCCCUAUUAACGGACAGGCAGGCGAACGCGCCUUUGGUGGAUCGGGUUUUGGCAUCUAUAAGGGGUGCCAUCUCCGACAAACUAGAACAGAGCUGUGUGGACGCGGUGCUAUCUGCGUACGAAGCUGCCUCGGCGUUUAAAAGUGACAGAGAUACUUCUACAAAGCUCUUCGACGUCGUGUCUGAGAAAAUAGCUGAUGUCGCUACUUUAUUGGAGGCGUUGGACCCCGCUUCAACUGUAGAGGCUUGUCACACGAGGCUGAGGAGCGCCGCGGUCGUCCUGGAACGGACGGCGCCUCUGUUAGUAGUGUUGUGCUUUGCCGACGACGCGUCAUCAAAAAAGAAGAAGGCCAAGGGCAAGAAGGGCAAGCGAGAGAAGGAGGCGGAGCCCGCGUGGCGCCUCGCUUUGUCAAAAGCUCUAUCUUCAUUUUUAACGCUGCUCACGGCGCUGAAGACGUCUCUGAAACGCGACCAGACGGACGAGGACGCCCCGGCGGAAUUACCGGAAGAGAGUGUUUUACCGGAGGACGGGAGUCGACAGGAGGUCGCGAAGCUCCUGGGCGCCGCGCGCCGCGUGUCCCUCGACCGGUUGCUAGGCGUCUGCGGCGACAAGCUGGCCGCGUUACAAGGUAGGAUACGUUAACACAUG